GCCCGCCCAUCGACCCCUCAUCCUUCCCUCCAGCUCUCUCCGCUCCUCGUUGUCGUCCCUGAAUCCUCCCUUGCGUGCUCCAUCCUUGGGAAAAACAUCCAGCGACAAUGGCAGCCUCAGCUCUCCUCAGAAGCAGAGUCCGGAGACCCUCUUACCUUAACAAGCUUGCUAAGGCAGAGGACCUCAUUGACCUCUUCCCGCACAACUCGUACAUUGGCUGGUCCGGUUUCACCGGCGUUGGUUACCCCAAGAAGGUCCCUACCGCGCUCGCCGAGCACGUCGAGAAGAACGGCUUGCAGGGCAAGCUCAAGUACAACCUCUUCGUCGGCGCGUCUAGCGGUGCCGAGACGGAGAACAGAUGGGCGCGCAACAACAUGAUUGAGCGGCGGUCGCCGCAUCAAGUCGGAAAGGAGAUUGCCAAGGGCAUCAACAGCGGCAACAUCAACUUCUUCGACAAGCACUUGUCCAUGUUCCCGGUUGAUCUGAUGUACGGCUUCUACACCCUGAACAAGCCGCACAACAAGCUUGAUGUCACCAUUGUCGAGGCCUCGGCUAUUACUGAGGAGGGUGGCAUCAUUCCCGGUGCCAGUGUUGGUGCCAGUCCGGAACUAAUCCAAAUGGCAGACAAGAUUGUCAUCGAAGUCAACACGGCUGCGCCGAACUUCGAGGGUCUUCACGAUAUCACCAUGACCGACCUUCCUCCCCGUCGCAAGCCCUACCUGAUUAUGUCUCCUGAAGACCGCAUUGGCACCCCUUACAUCCCGGUUGACCCGGAGAAGGUCGUUGCUAUUGUCGAGUCCGACUACCCCGACCAGACCCAGCCCAACUCGCCCGAGGACGAGUCUUCGCGCAAGAUUGCGGCGAACCUGAUCGAGUUCCUGAAGCACGAGGUUGACCGCGGCCGUCUUCCCGAGAACCUUCUGCCCAUCCAGUCCGGUAUUGGCAACAUCGCCAACGCCGUCGUUGGUGGUCUUUCUUCCGGUGGUGCCAACUUCAAGAACCUCAAGGUCUGGACUGAAGUGCUCCAGGACUCCUUCCUUGACCUCUUCGACAGCGGCAACUUGGACUUUGCUACCGCCACCUCGAUCCGUUUCUCCCCUGACGGUUUCAAGCGCUUCUACGACGGCUGGCAAAACUAUGCCCCCAAGCUGCUGCUCCGUUCUCAGCAGGUCUCGAACUCUCCCGAGAUCAUCCGUCGUCUCGGUGUCAUUGGCAUGAACACUCCUGUUGAGGUCGACAUCUACGCCCACGCCAACUCUACUUGCGUCAUGGGUAGCCGUAUGCUGAACGGCCUUGGUGGCUCCGCCGACUUCCUGCGCAGCUCCAAGUACUCGAUCAUGCACACUCCCUCGACUCGUCCCAGCAAGACCGACCCCACUGGUGUCAGCUGCAUCGUCCCCAUGUGCACUCACGUCGACCAGACUGAGCACGACCUGGACGUUGUUGUUACUGAGCAGGGUCUUGCUGACGUCCGUGGUCUGUCUCCUCGCGAGCGUGCCCGUGUCAUCAUUGACAAGUGCUCGCACCCCGACUACAAGCCCAUCCUGCAGGACUACUUCGACCGCGCCGAGUACGAGUGCCUGAAGAAGGGCAUGGGUCACGAGCCGCACAUGCUCUUCAAGAGCUUCAACAUGCACAAGAACCUGCAGGAGAACGGCACGAUGAAGAUCAAGUCAUGGGAUGACUAAACGUCACGGCGUUGUUAGUGAAGAUUUGAGACGAUGAAAAUACCAGAAAGAUGUCGACGAGAUAUCAUCAUUGUUAGGAGUACAGGGGUGGAACUCGAUUUAAUGCUAUGUAUGGAACAUAGGGUUAUUCUGGUGGUCAUGGCGCGCGGGGGGAUAAUGCGUCCGCUGUUUGGUGGGCUUUUUAAGAAGCGAAUUUAAAUACCACUUGAAAGAGGGGUUGGCGCCUUGGAUGGUUGGAAGAUACUAUCUUUGAUUGCGACGCCUCUAUUUGUAUUAAUUCAAUGCGAAGAAAUACAUACCUCAAAUACCUC